AUGCCUCUCAAUCCCAAGGUCUACCAGUUUCUCAUCUCCGUCUUCGCUUCGGUGGGCUCGAUCCUGUACGGCUAUGACUUGGGUGUUAUAGCUGGGGCCAUCGCAUCUCCGGACUUCAAAUCACGCUUCAACCCGACCGCCUCGGAGUCUGGAGCUGUGGUCUCGGUCUUCACCGGCGGCGCCUUCUUUGGCGCUGCUAUGGCCGGCGCAUUAGGAGACAUACUUGGUCGCAGACUGACUAUUCUUGUUGGUGCUAUCAUUUUUCUGCUUGGUGGUGGCCUCCAGACUGGUGCGCAGAACCUGCACUAUUUUUAUGGUGGCCGUGCCAUUGCUGGACUCGGCGUCGGAUUCCUCGUCAUGAUCAUCCCUCUGUACCAGGCUGAGAUUGCACAUCCGUCCAUUCGCGGUAGCGUUACUGCUCUGCAGCAGUUUAUGCUUGGUAUCGGGGCACUCGUUGCUUCCUGGACGACAUACGGCUGCAACAGAAACUUCCCGGACGACAGCAGCAGGCAGUGGCGGGUCAGUCUUGGCAUUCAGAUCGUACCGGCCGGUGUCCUCGCUCUGUUAAUCAUGCUCUUCCCGGAAUCGCCAAGAUGGCUCAUCGACCAUGGCAAAGCUGACGCGGGCCUUCGUACUCUGGCCAAGUUACACGCGCACGGCAAUGAGCAGGACCCUUGGGUCCAAGCCGAGUUCGACCAAAUUCGCGACCAAAUCUCUUUCGAACAUGAGAAUGAGGCUAAGUCCUAUGUCGAAUUGUUCACGAACCGCAGCUCCUUCCGCCGCCUCUUGCUCGCAACAGCUAUCCAGGCCUCUGUCCAGAUGACUGGUGUUUCUGCGAUCCAAUACUACAGCCCGGUAAUCUUCAGUCAAAUCGGCAUCUCCACGGAUAACACCUUGAAGUAUCAAGGUAUCUCGUCCGUCCUUGCUUUGAUUGCGCAGGCCACAUGCAUCGCGCUCAUCGACAGAACUGGACGUCGCUGGGCCAUGAUCGGUGGCAAUCUUGCCAAUUGCCUGUUCUUCACCAUUGCUACCAUCAUGCUUGCCGUCUUCCCUCCCGGCUCCACCAGCAACGCUUCGGCUUCGUGGGCUUUCAUCGUCGUAACUUGGCUUUACAAUAUCAGCUUCUCAGCCACUAAUGGACCCCUUUCUUGGAUCGUCCCAGCUGAGAUCUUCGAUACCAGAACCCGCUCGAAGGGUGUCAGCAUCGGCGUCAUGGUCUCCUUCGCCUUCAACACAAUGAUUGGUCAAGUGACUCCAAUCGCUAUGGGGAAGAUCGGCUGGAGGUUUUACAUCCUCUUCGUCGUCUGCAACUUUACGAAUGCAGUGUACUUCUGGGCCACUCAGCCUGAAACCAAAAAGAGGCCUCUGGAAGAAAUGAAUUAUCUCUUCACAAACGCUCCUUGGUUCGUUCCGACGAUGAAUAUGAAGGACUUUGAGGUCCACGAUUUGGAACACCGUGUAGAGGAGGUUGAGAGGAAGGGCAGCAUCACAAGGCACGAUGAGCUCUGA